GUCCAUCUCCAACCUUCCAUUUCUGCAGAGAAGUUCUCAAAACAAUCCAAAAUUCACAAAAUUCUGAAUUCAAUUUCGAUUUUCUCGAUUCUCGAAUCCAAUUUCUUUCUUUGAUGGGCUAAAUCGGAUUGUUUCGAAGGGUUAGGGUUCCAAGGAGCUGGAAAAUUCCUAGAUUUCUCUCUCGAACAUGGCGUCGGCAAGGUCUCCCAACCGAUCUUCGGAAGACAUCGUGGACACGACGCCGUUUCUCGGCGGUUCCUCGGAGGACGGCAAUUCGGCGAGCCGCCGGUUCGUGCAGAGGCAAAGCCUCCGCCAGGCGGCGCGGUUCCUCCGGCAGGCGAGCAGCCGCCGGCUGAUGCGCGAGCCGUCGAUGCUGGUGCGUGAGGCGGCGGCGGAGCAGCUGGAGGAGAGGCAGGGCGAUUGGGCGUACUCGAAGCCCGUGGUGAUCCUUGACGUCAUAUGGAACUUCGCCUUCGUCGUGGCGGCGGCGACGGUGCUGGUCCUCAGCCACCGCGAGUCUCCGGAGAUGCCGCUGAGGCUGUGGAUUGUCGGAUACGCUCUGCAGUGCGUGGUUCACGUGGUCUGCGUCUGCGCCGAGUACCGCCGGCGGCGGCGGCGGCGGCAGAGGAGCUCGUCGAAUCCGGCGGAGGAGGGGAGCGGUGGGAGUCUGAGUUCGGCGUCCGGGGAUUCCGGUCAGUAUGUGUCGUUGGCGCAGAUGAACGACGAGAGUAAUUGCAGUGUGGCAAAGCACCUGGAAUCUGCAAAUACAAUGUUCUCAUUUAUCUGGUGGAUCAUCGGGUUCUAUUGGGUUUCUGCGGGUGGUCAAUCUUUAGCCCAAGCCUCCCCUCAGCUUUACUGGCUUUGUAUAAUUUUCCUUGGAUUUGACGUGUUCUUUGUCGUUUUCUGCGUUGCAUUGGCAUGUAUCAUUGGGAUUGCUGUUUGCUGCUGUCUUCCAUGUAUUAUUGCUCUUCUAUAUGCCGUGGCAGACCAGGAAGGAGCAUCAAAAGAAGACAUUGAGCAGUUGUCAAAAUUUAAGUUCAGCAAAAGGUGCAGUAAUGAGAAGCUUGCUGGUGAUGCACAAGGACCUUGUGGAGGAAUUAUGACUGAAUGUGGCACAGAUUCACCAGUUGAACACGUUCUAUCACAGGAAGAUGCGGAGUGUUGCAUCUGCCUUACUGCUUAUGACGAUGGCGUGGAACUGAGACAGCUUCCCUGUGGUCACCAUUUUCAUUGUUCCUGCGUUGAUAAGUGGCUUUUUAUCAAUGCUACAUGUCCUCUUUGCAAGUACAACAUUUUAAAGAGUAGCAGCUGCAGUGAAGUUUAGACGACUUUCAAAAGAUUGUAUGGAUUGUGCACGGUCAUACGUCUCGGAAUUCUUUGUUGUUUGAGCAUUAGUUUAAUGAAAAUGUUUGUUACUCGACUUAAUGCAGGCAUCCUCUAUAUGUUUUUGGCGUUGUUAAUUCCUCGUCUCUUAGUUGUAACAGUUGUUGCUGCAUAGCAACGACGAAGAUGAUGCGUUCCACUUGUUUACGUUGUAUAUCGGUGUGCACGGGGCAUUUUGGUGUAUGAUUAUAUUGAAGGGCAGUUGUUCUUCUCCUAUUUGUAUU